AUGAAAAAAUAUCUGGUGCUACUCUGUUUGCUCAUUUUGUCCGCUGGGCGUUUAUCGGUCAAGGCGUUACGAAAAAAAGAUUUAAGGAGGAGCUUGAAAGGAGGGAACCGAAAUAAUGAAGAUCGACAGAACAGGAAGAACGUACUCAACUUUGAAAUUAUGCGAGACAAAAGCAGCGUGUCAAACAUAGAACUAAAUUCAUCAACGCUUUUUAACAUAUUAUCACAAACGAAAUUAAUGAAAAAUACAGCGAGCGCCGGUCCAGGACCCCCAAUUUACAGAUACAUACACAAUAUUCACGACCACAAUGAAAACAAUGGCGCUGUCUUGGUUUUCGUUCUCUUUGGCAUAUUAAUUUUUUCGGUUUUGUUUUUUAUCUUUUAUUUCAUUUUCAGACAUCAUGUAAAUCAUAUAAAAUUUAUGAACAGCGUGUGA